AUGAAACCAAACACGGAAGUUGCCUCGAAGCAGAAGAAGGAAAGGGAGUUGGAUCCUGCAAUGGAUUGGCUCAUUAAUGCACACUUGUGGGGGAUUGGAUGUCGCCAUAAGGUGUUUGACUUACAUUUUGAUAAUGUGUCUGCUCUAGUGGAUCACCUUGCAUGUGACCAAACAAAUUACGGGUGUUCUUGUUGCGCUCCCAUGACUCCUGACGUGUGCUGUGACAUCCAUCACCCGUCCGCCUUCCUGUUAUUCGACACUCACAUUCCACAACCACCAAAACUUCCCAACCGCUCUCGUCUCCCUAACUACGCUAUGGGCCCCAAGGAGUAUGAGCUGUGCGAGGCACUAGAGGAUUGGAGAGAAGAGAAGAUGGCAGAGAAAUAUGGGCAUUCUCACCUUAUCGAUAUCGAUCCGGCUAUCAUCAUGGCAGAUUCAGUUCUGGAUUGCCUUGUCAACUGCGCACAUCAUGAGAAGAUCAGGACCAUUGAAGACCUUCGCAAGGAAACUCAUUGGUCAUCUGCUGACAAAUUUGGCAGUGAAGUUCUUGCCAUCAUACAUCACAUCAUUCCUGUCAAAGUGAUCGUACGGGCAGCCUUGACCAACGCUCCCUUGCAGCGCGACCCUCUUUCAACAACUUCUAACCCACCAAGGGCUGGGAACGUCGCCCUUCCAUCAACUGUUUCGGAUGUAAAGAAGACGAAUAGAUGUAGUGCUUGCCAACAGGAGGGCCAUAAUAGUACAUAUUGUUAUACGUUCUGCAGUAAAUCUUCUGGACUUACGUUUUCGACUUAUCUUUUCACCAGGGCACAAUCGCAUUUGUCCUUUGCAUCCCGUACGCAACACGACUCGAACAUCUUCUACUGA